AUUUUGGCAUUUGACGUGACAGGGCGUCAGCUCUAUUGUUUUUCUUUCUGCGGCCUAAAUCUUGGCGCAAUAAAUUUUCUAUUCAUUCUCGUAUUCGUAGUGGUUUGGUUUUGCAGAUAAUAGUAAUAGCCCAUGAGCGUCGUGCGUAGCUAUUGGUGUGAGUUGCGGUGGGCACCUACGCCCUGGCUAAAUCAUGACGAGGCCGGGACCACCAAAUGAGAACCUGCCUACCGUGAAGCUGGUGGUGGUGGGAGAUGGUGGGGUGGGGAAGAGCGCUAUCACCAUACAAUUCUUCCAGAAGCUGUUUGUAACGGACUACGAUCCCACUAUCGAGGACUCUUACAUUCAACACACUGAGGUGGAUGGUCAAUGGUGCAUUCUUGAUGUCCUGGACACAGCGGGGCAGGAGGAGUUCAGCGCCAUGCGGGAACAAUACAUGCGCAAGGGGGACGGGUUCCUACUCGUAUACUCCGUCACCGACCAGCAGAGCUACCAGAACGUGAGGCACUUCCACACGCAGAUCCUGCGCGUCAAGGACAGGGACACGUACCCGAUGCUGGUGGCAGCCAACAAAGUGGAUCUCGUACACGCGCGCGUCGUCAGCGAGGAUGCUGGAAGAGAUUUGGCCCGAGCCCUCAACGCGCCAUACAUCGAGACCAGCGCCAAGGAGCCGCCGCUCAACAUCGACGCCGCCUUCCACGAGUUGGUGCGUAUCAUCCGGAACCACCCGCAGCAGGAGGUGAAGCCGCGGCGCCGGCGACGACUCUGUGCUCUGCUCUAAUACCAAAACUCGACCAUCACUAUUACACACACCAGGCGCCGUAAUACAACUGUGAAGCUGUGUUGAUUCGAUACAAUUACUUCACAGGAAUAUUGAUCUGGGACAGAGAUGAGGUAUUUACAUCUUUGCUAUUUAAGAAGAGUAUAGGAAUCGGACUCUUCGGUUUAAUACAGCAGGCUUUAAUAAAGCACUAUUAAGGCUCUUUUCAAAUGGCUUUAACUCGGAAGAAAUCAGAGCAAAAUCACAAAUGCCAUUCUGCUGCAGCGAAGCAGUUUAUUCGCACAAUUGACAAGUUUUCGUUCCUUAUUGUAUGAUAAUAAUGACAAGAGUGAUCUAAUUGAAAAGAUGUAAAAUUAUGAAUUGUACGUACUAAUGAUUUAAAAGAGGCUAGUAAUAUUUUACGUAUUAGGAUACUGGAAAAAAUUGCACAAAUACGCUGUGCUUAAGUCUUCGAGGACGAAAAACAAGAUGGGCAUUUUGUAACCAAAAAUUUUGUUUUGUAAACGUAUUAACCAAAGCUGAGCAUUUAUAUUAGAUAACUUUAAUUUAUGUACUGACAUUAUGAUUGGCUAAUUGCUUUUUUCGUGCUGGCACGAUGAGGCAUCGUUGCAUCCUCUUUGAUUUGUUAAAUUGAAGAGAGAUAGCAUUAUUGGGUUUAUUCAUUAUGCAACUAUACAGGGUGUUACAAAAAUACAAAUAAAGCUUGAAGGGCGUUGAAGUACAUCAUUUAAGGAGUGUUCUCUAAUUUUAUUAAAAUGUUUGAAUGAAGAUUUAAUUUUUGAUAAAAACAGUUAUUUUUAAUGAUUAAUAAAAAUAUCGAUGAUUUUAGGACACGUCACUAGUUCGAGGAUCAUUAAAAAUAACUGUUUUUAUAAACGUACUUCAACGCUCUUCAAGCUUUAUUUGUAUUUUUGUUACACCCUGUAUAAUCGUAAAUUAAAGCAAAGACUUUAUUCAAUUUAAAUAUGAGGAAAGCAGUGCUUUGGAGACAAGAUAUUUGAUGAUGAUGAUGCUAGUCCUAAAAUUGAGUUUGAUAAGAUUGUAUCCUUGUCAUUAUUCAUAGAGAAUGAAAAGGACAGACUCAUGCCAACAUCGACAUCACUGUAUCCUAUAUAUUUGUUUAUUUAUUUUAAGAUGGCAGUGUAGCCAGUUUAGUGCAAUGUGAUCAUAAAUUGGUGUAAUUGGUUGGUUAUAACCGAUCAUGGCAACCCCGUGUUUAGCUUUAAGUGAUACCAGAGAUCUAUACAAUACGCUCUGUAUCUAUGUUAUUUGUAUUAAUUAUUAUUAGUGUUGUUACACGGUCGACACAGUGGCGUUUAAUCAUCACAACUAUUUAUUUAUUUAAUUCCAAUAUUUAUUGGUAAUGCCAAAGAUUGUACAAUGGACUGACCUUAUUUUGUUAAAAAAGCGUGUUUGAAAUAAUGUUUUAAAUAAAAUUGAGAACUGAAUUGUUGUUUUUUGAGUUAAAUAUUUAUUUUGAAAGGAAUAAAAGUGAGUUAUUUAAUUAUGAUUAAUUAAAAGUAACUUAUGCGAAUAUUUGUUAAUGGCAAUUAAAAGACAUUUGAACUACAUAUAAUAUGAGUUUUUGGCGGGAUUUCAUCGACUGUGGUUGGCGUCUUAUUUUAAUUAUUCUUAAAUUCGUCCAUAGUGGAUAUUGUGAAAUAAAAUUGGUGUGAUUUUGUGUUACAACUGUCUGCGUAAUUGAAGAAUUAGUAGAAUCGUCAAAAUAUACGCUAUUCCGGUCAAGUGGACGUGAGAAUGUUAUUGUAGUAUUGACUACCUCACAGAAGCUUAUCGAAAAAGCCAGCUCGAUACAUUUCGUGCCAAACACUUCAAGAAACAUUAGAAUGCGUCACACCGACAUUCUAAUGUAAAAAGAAAAACAGAAUAAUUUAACUUAAGACUAGGCUGUAUGGGCAUUGUUCCCCUUGCCUUCCCUGAAAAGGGAAAACUUAACCAAAAAAAAAAUGAACUACAUAUUACAAUUUUAUGGAUUUUUUUUUAUUAGAUACUCAGUGUUAAAACAAUGAUUGUGUGAAUAAUAUUCGAUAAUCUCCGUAUAUGUAACGUAAAGUUGGGCAUUUCGAAAGUUUAGAGUUUUUAAUUUAAUAGUAAGCGAUUUUAGAUUUCCAUAAGUGUAUACAUCAAAAAAUCCUUAUUGAUAUCAAUGGUCGGCCGUAUAGGAACACGUGCUCUAUGUUUGACAUAGUAUAUGUUUAUGUAUUAGCGUAAGUACAGACCAAAAUAUAAUAAAAUUACAUGUUCAAUAUGCAAAGCAUUUACUCCAUUAUUAUAGUGAUGUUAUAUGUUUUAAUAUAGUCGCGUAGGCACAGUUAUAUAUGUUAAGAUAUAUGAUAAUUUUAUUCUGAUGUAAUGGAUAUCUAAUUUCUUAAUCAUCCUUUAAUUAAAGUGUUAUUUUUGAUAGAAGCAAGUAUAGACCCGGGUCAAAGAACUCUCACUAAUAUGCUGACCUCGAUUAGCUACUUUCUAAUCUACAAUAGGGGUGAUGACGCGGUACAGUAAACGAAAUUCUAUUUAGUUAGAUGAUCAAAAAAUAAUGGACACGUAUUUUUUCUUUGGGCAAUCAACCAAAAAAUGACAAAGUUAUAGCGCGUCAAAGUUUGGGAGUAGGGGCUCGUGACGUCACUUUUAAGUGGAAAUUGUACCAAAACGUGACGUCAUGCGACUUUUCAAACCAAUAUAUCUCUGCAAUGUUUAUAUUAUGUGAAAAAAGAAAAAAUACGUGUCCAAUACUUUUUGAUAAUCUACCUGAUAGACGAAGAAAAAAUAAUUAGUCAUCAUACCUAUUAUGUCGACUAUAGUUUUGGAGAAAUAUCUUGAGAUAUAAUACUCUAUCUUAUCGCUAUAUUCAUACAAAUCGCAAAGGAAGGCUGAAACUAAAAGAUUAUUAAAGGGGGAUUCUUUAUAAACAAAUUGAACUCUAAUACGAUGUAAAUAUGGCAUAAAGUAAUUUAGUUAGAUGAUUUAAUGCAUGCACACACACGCACACGUAUGUAACUCACACACGUAAUGUAAGUAGCGUAAAGAGAAAAUAUAACGAAAAUGGAAGGAAUUGAAAAAAUAUUUAAAUUAUAUAUAUAUAUAUAUAUAUACACAGGGUGUUACAGAAUUCCGAAAUAAAAUUUGUAGGUAUGUAUUCCGAAAUAAAAAUUUGUAGGUAUCUGAGCGGGGCGCAGGGGCGCCUGGGGGAAAGGGGGGGGGGUCUGUUUAGGUAGUAGUAAUCGUACGCAUUUAUAGGAUUGUCAUAGGCAGGUGUAUAACGAUAUUUUUAUUAAUUCAAUUAGAAAAUAAAAGUGGUCUGAAAGGCGUCAAACUUUCGUAGGUAAUUCUAUACAAGCAACACAACCAAACCCUAAAGUUUUAUUUCGGACUUUUGUCACACCCUGUAUAUAUAGAUCAUUACGUGAUGUUUUUAUAAGUGUUCCAUUAAUGUAAGUGUUACGCGGUCGCGGGAAGGGGGGGGGGGGUUACAUCAUCCGUAUUUUAAUAUGAUUUUGGUUCUUCGCGACUUUGCAAACUUGUAUUUGUUAGAAAACAAAAUGAUUAUAAUUUAUACCUGUAGGUAUUUAGAUGUGACAUACAAUGCAUUGAAUAAAUGAGCUAUAAAAUUUAUUUGAGAUUAUUUUGUGAAAGCGACAAGGGGUACGACGUUCUUGGAAAACCCAUAGUCGCUUAGUAGCAGGUCUGUGAUAUCCACCCGAUUAAUGUUUGGUCUAUCAUUGAAUAAUUCGCUAAGAAAAGAUUUUAUAUUUGUGUUUCGUUGCGAUCGAUCUUAAGGAAAUCGUCAACGAUCGAUCGUUCAGAAAUGCCACUACAUACACGAAACGAUUGAUCUAUCAUUUACUUAUUUCAAACGGUAGGAUAAAGACUUACUCAAAUAAUUCAAUACUUUUCCUCUAAAAUGGAAAACGAACUCAUGAUUGCAUGAACGAUAUUCAUGAUUGCAUGGGAUUUGGUUGCGAUUUGCGAUAUCGUCUUCGAUUAAGUAAAUCGUUAACGAUCUUGACAUACACUGUCGAUCCAUCGUUUCGAUCGGUCUGAUUCGACGGAUCGUACAGAUCAAUCGUACCGUAUAUGGGACACUGACGAUCGAUCGUUCACGAUAUUCAUGAUUGCAUGGGUUUUUGUUGCGAUCUCCGAUAUCGUCUGCGAUUAAGUAAAUCGUGAACGAUCUUGACAUACACUGUCGAUCCAUCGUUUCGAUCGGUCUGAAACGACGGAUCGUACAGAUCAAUCGUUCCGUAUAUGGGCCCCCUUAAGGUCGUAAAUUAUGAACGGUGUGAUUUGACGUAUUGAACUUCCGUCAAUCCUUAGGCGUAUGACGUCAGAUAAUCUUAAAUAAAACUAGUUUUAACGGGUUAAUGCACGAAACUUUAUUUAUUUAUUGACGUUUCUCAGCCUUUUCAGGUCUGCUUCGUCAGAAUGAUUUUUUAUUUGAAUUUUAGUGAUUCUGACGAAGCAGACCUGAAAAGGCUGCGAAACGGCAAUAAAUAAAGUUUCGUACAUUAACCCGUUAAAACUAGUUUUAAUUAAUAAGUGAUGUGCGUGAAAACUUAAGAAACAAAUAUGUCAGAUAAAUCUUUUGCCGCAUUCGGUAUUCCUUGUUGUUUAAUUUUAAACGCAAAAGUAGAAGUUGUUUUUGUGAAAACCAUAAAACCAUAUUUAUUUAUUGAGUAAGAUCAAAUAUUAGUCUGAAUGGCACAGGAAAGGGUUUUUUUUAAAAUUAAAGUUGUGAUAUAUUUGUAUAUUUUGAAAUUGUAUUGUAGAAAUAAAGCUGAUGCAAGUAUUUAAAUUUUUAUAAUUUCUAUUAUUUUAAGCAUGUAACUGCUUGAUGUUUAAACCUAAAGAAAAUAUAACUA